UCACGGCUGUCGGGGAUGCUGCGGGCUGUGAGGCUCAGGCUGUGCCUGGCGGGGGCUGGGCCGGGCUGGGGCCGGGGCUCGGGCUGGGGCCCGGGGCCGGGGCCUGGAGCCGGGCCGCUCUCCUGGCGGCGGCGCUGCUACCACGGGGACACGGUGGCGAGCAUUGGCUCACGGCUCGAUGCGAACUCCGAGCUGUACCAGGAAAAUCAUGACCGAAUGAAGGCCAUAGUAAAUGAACUAAAGGAACGAGCAGAGAAAAUCAGAUUGGGUGGAGGAGAAAAGGCUCGGCGAUUACACACAUCCAGAGGAAAGUUGCUGCCCAGAGAACGCAUUGACAGACUGCUUGAUCCAGGGUCUCCGUUCCUGGAGUUCUCCCAGUUUGCAGGUUAUCAGUUGUAUGGGAAUGAAGAGGUACCAGCAGGGGGCAUUAUCACCGGCAUUGGAAGGGUAUCAGGGGUUGAAUGUUUGAUUAUUGCCAAUGAUGCAACAGUGAAAGGAGGAUCAUAUUAUCCCAUUACAGUCAAGAAACACAUACGAGCGCAGGAGAUUGCACAUCAGAACCACCUACCAUGCAUUUAUUUGGUUGACUCCGGCGGUGCAAACCUACCUCGGCAAGCAGAGGUUUUUCCAGAUCGAGACCAUUUUGGGCGUAUCUUUUAUAACCAGGCUGUCAUGUCUGCUAAAGCAAUUGCACAGAUAGCUGUGGUAAUGGGCUCCUGUACAGCAGGAGGAGCAUACGUACCCGCAAUGGCUGAUGAAAGUAUUAUCGUGAAGAAACAAGGGACGAUUUUCUUAGGAGGACCACCACUGGUGAAAGCAGCAACUGGUGAGGAAGUUUCUGCUGAAGAUCUUGGAGGCGCUGAUCUUCACUGCAGAAAGUCUGGUGUUACUGAUCACUAUGCCUUGGAUGACUCACACGCACUCCAUCUGGCACGAAAGGUUGUUCGAAGUCUCAACUACCAGAAGAAAUUGGAUGUAACUGUGGAAACCCCAGAAGAACCAUUGUAUUCUGCCGAAGAGUUGUAUGGGAUUGUUGGUGAUAAUCUGAAAAAAAACUUUGAUAUCAAAGAGGUUAUUGCCAGAGUAGUGGAUGCCAGCAGAUUUGAUGAGUUCAAAGCCUUUUAUGGAGACACAUUAAUCACAGGGUUUGCAAGAAUCUUUGGCUAUCCAGUAGGCAUCAUUGGGAACAACGGAGUCCUUUUCUCAGAAUCUGCAAAAAAGGGAACCCACUUUAUUGAGUUGUGCUGCCAGCGAAACAUCCCCCUCAUCUUUCUCCAGAAUAUCACAGGCUUUAUGGUUGGAAGAGAAUAUGAAGCCGGUGGAAUAGCUAAAGACGGAGCCAAAAUGGUAACUGCAGUUGCCUGUGCAAACGUUCCCAAAAUCACUGUCAUAAUUGGUGGUUCCUAUGGCGCUGGAAACUAUGGGAUGUGUGGAAGAGCAUAUAGUCCAAGGUUCCUUUAUAUGUGGCCUAAUGCACGCAUCUCAGUGAUGGGAGGUGAGCAAGCUGCUACUGUUCUGGCUACAAUUACAAAGGACCAAAGAGGGAGGGAAGGAAAAGAGUUCUCUGCAGCCGAUGAAGCAGCAUUGAAGGAGCCGAUUAUCAGGAGGUUUGAGGAGGAAGGCAACCCUUACUACUCCAGUGCCAGACUAUGGGAUGAUGGUAUCAUUGACCCUGCUGAUACCAGGUUGGUGCUGGGUCUGAGUCUCAGUGCUGCUCUCAACGCACCCACCAAGAGAACAAACUUCGGAAUCUUCAGGAUGUGACCUGGGCAUUUAUUUAUUAACACCAAGAUUUCCUGAUUUGCACAUAUGUGAUAUGUGAUAUGGGAACUGAAAAUUACUAACAAAUUGUGAAAUAAAAUGUGCAUUUUUAAUAGCG